AGAAUGAGAAAAAAACUUUUCCUUGCGGCAAAAUUCCCUGGCGAUAACGAAUGUAUUAACAACAUAGAUAUUUCGACAAAAUUCUGCGUAUAAGGACAAUAAAACAUGACUGGGUUAGUGACAAUAUAUAAAGGUGUGCCCUUCACUUCGCGUGAUAAAUAACAUGCAGGUGUGAAUAUGCCUUGAACCCAUACAAAGAAUUCGAUUCAGAGUUGGUCAUUAUUUUCAACAGAAACAAACAGAGAAUGCUUUUAACAUUACAUUUUGUAAUAAAGCAAUUUGUUCAGACAAUACGACGCUAUACACAUAUAAAGCUACACGUGAAACAACGAAACUCAUUAUCAAAUUCCCAUGAUGGAUGGUAUAUUUAAAUUAUUCACAUCUGUACCCAUUUCAGGCAUGAACAUGGUUCCACUUUUGUGAUUAAAUUGCACUGGAUCACCGUCAUUUCAGCAUACAGGUUUUAUAGCAGAUGUUUUUGCAUUCAGCAUCGCACAUCCACAGUACACGCACUGGAUAUAACUAAAGCUCUCUGUACACAACUGUUAUUCCUUAUGGCGGAUUUGGGAUGGUUCAUAAUUGUAUAACGCAACACACCAUUUACCAAAGCGAAAACACAUAUGUGGGGUUAUGAAACAAGUUGAAUUUAGAAACAUCCUUUGACAGAAAUGUUUUUAUCAUCACACGGCAUCCCAGGCUACAUUACGCAUACAUUUUGAUGCAAUGAUUCUCCCGUGUGACCCUUGAAAGCACAUGUGAUAAAUUAAUGCGCAUAUACAGUUUAACUCUGGAACAAUAAUACUUAAGUCGACUGCAACACUAAUAACAAAACGCCUGAAAAAGAUAAAUAAUAUAGGUUAAAGUGACAUGUCAAAGAAAAAAAAUAGAUGGAUGGCCCAGUGAUGGAAUGUAGCAUGUAAAAGAACUUUAACAGACGUAUAUGAUGUUGAUAUGUCUAUUAGCGCAAGUGCUGACGUCUCUCAAGCUACACAAACGCAUACACCCUUGAACCGCUGACUGCCCUGUUUCCUCAGCCCGCCAUUCUGUAAAACGGUGCAUCCCAUCAGGUCCAUUGAAUUAUAAACGCUCUCUCAAAGUUUAGAGCAGACUUUUCUUACAUAAUAUUAGAUGAUGUUAUCAACGUCUCCACACACUUGAGAGAUGAAAAAACACCAGGGUCCCAUUGCUGCCAUCAUGUAAUAACAACCUUUUUUUGUGGUGUUCUGAGCGAAACUUUGCUGUUAAUUUUUAGCACAGUUCUGUCAAAGACUGAGAAGAGCUACAGUACAUGAGAGGCCAUACCAGGAAAACAAAAACGGUGUUGUCUAUACCAUCUGCUGAAGACUGGGCAUAGAGCGGAUAGACUGCAUUGGGGUUUACAUGCUCUGAAUCCAAAAUCUUUUGUUCCAAGGGUAGACUCGAAUGUUUGAACUACUGAAGGCAUCAUGCAGGUGUCUCCCACAUUCGCAGCGUCUUUGGCCCUUUUCCUGAUGUCAGCAGUGUUGUUCAUGGCAGCACUGGGAACAAGGUCUUGGGCACGAAGUGGUCAACGGCUUACCAUUGGGCUCUGGGAUUACUGUGCUAACACUCAAGGCCAAGGGGAUCGAGAGUGGGACUGCUUCUCAAAUUAUACUGAAUUUACCAUGGCUACCCAGGCGUUCUCUAUAUUAGCAGUUGUGUGUUAUGUAAGCGCGUUUCUCCUUUAUCUCAUUUACAUGAUGUUCCCCUCGCUUCAUCAGUCCAGGGCCGCCACUAUAGGCAUUUGUCUUCUGGGGUUUUCAAUAGUGAGUUUGCAAAUCAUGGCCAUGAUAGUAUUUGGAGUGAAAGUACCAGAAUAUUUCGAACUACUGUCCAGACGCCAUUUUACAAGGAUUGUCAAUGAUUUGGUUGUUUCGUGGUCAUUUGGACUGACCAUAGUGUCUACUUUGCUGGGCACAGUGGCCGGAGUGUGUGUCUUUCUUGAACUGAGAAACAUCACGAUGCCGGAAUUUGGCGAAGGAUAAACUGGUGGCCUUUGAACCAUUUUGUUUUCUCCAUUGCGAGGAAUAAUGGACGCGAGCUGGUCAAGCAUCCACGUCAUAAUAGUGCCCGUUGUAAAUGGCAAUGCAGGCAUAUUGGGAGUGUUUUUCCAAAUCAUUUGAUGGUCUGUGGAAAAAAAUCUGCGCAUUAGUGAUAAUUUAAAUGAAGAAACAGACGUGUAUAGAUGGAAAACGAUUACCGCUGUUUAUUUGUAUUUGUGUCAGUGGAUGUACGUGCAGUAUUGUGGGGAGAAAAAUGAAAUGGCUCUCACAAUGAAGACAUUAAAUAGCUAUCAU